CGGAUACAAGCAAUACAUUUGGUUCUGUGACUCUCCCCAAACUCAAACAUUUGGUUGGCAACGUCCCGCUAAAAUUCAUUUAUAGCCUAUACGUAUAUCAUCUGAGACAGUUGUUCACCUAAAGAUAAACACGAAUUCCAUUGUGAAAGCCAGUUUUGCGAAGAUCAAAGUACCUAGUUUUCAUGUUUUGGCUUGGAAGAAACAGAAUGAUAAACCAGCUCGUUUUCGUCUGCUUUUUGGUGGUAACUUGGAGUCCCACGUUGCUGGCAGACACAGCUGACGUUUCCUGUGAAUCAGAAGAAUCAGUAGAAAGUACCGAGGAGACCAUCUUAUCGGCUAGGAGCCCUGCCAGUGGUGUGACGCAACAACAAGCCCCGCUCGCAAUCUUUAAUCAAACAAAAUUCAACAACGUGAAAAACCAGACCAGCAACAAGAUCACGAAACCCAUCGUCCACCAGCUGCGGACACCCGCUGUUCGUCCUUAUUUUUAUCCAGCCAUAAUUCCGCCUUACUUUCUGCGAGCCAGUCCGUACCAACCAGCGUAUUACCACCCUGUUUUGAUGCCCAUAAUGAGUCCUCUUUAUCCGACGAGUUCCCCUACUGUUCGGGAAGAAAUCGCGACGGGAAGCCGGCCAUUUCCCGUUGACGAUGAAAUCAGCCAAGAAGAAGCACUCAAAGAACUUGAAGCUAUUAAACAAGAAAUGGCGGAAGAUGCUGCUGCUCAGCGACACCUGAAUCGGCUGGUGCUUCCCAGCAUUUCCGUCAAUCGCGACGAAUCGUCUGUAACUGUAUCACUCAAGAGUUUCGCAUCACUCUUGCGCUCUCUAAGCUCACGCGUUACUGUUACGUUAGCUACUAGGACGAUUCUUGUGCCCAAUGUUUCUGUUAACAAUUAAUGUUUUUCUGUUAUCAGAGGUAGGAUGUCUCAUCGCAAUUCUUAUCGUAUACGUCUGUAGUCCAUCCACUUGUUUGUAUCAUUCAAAAUAAACCUAUAGAUUCAUUU